CCUAUGUGAGGAAAAUGACACAGCACAGGGAUCACACACAUUGAUAUAUCCUGGGUUGUUGCACAUUAGACGAGCAGUACUUGGAAAUAUCUGAAUUGGAUUUAAAUGUAUGUUUGUCUGCGUUAAUCUAAUGGUAUUGCAAGUGUUAUACAAUGAGUUUGCGAGACUCUCCGGACCAGAAUAAAUUGUGGCAUAUCGGUCCAUGUAUUAUAACUGCGCUAAUACUUAUAAAGUCAACUGUUUGCACACCGGUGUCAACGGACUGGCGGGUCGAGACACCUGAGGCUGAGGGCUUCCUGGAGAAAUAUGGAUACCUGCACCAGGACAAUCACAUACACAAUGCUGCAGAGGUCAAAACAGCAGUCCGGGAGUUUCAGUGGCUGUCCCACCUGCCCGUCACAGGACAGCUGGAUGGUGCCACCCUGAAGCAGAUGGGCACACCACGGUGUGGGGUAAAGGAUGAGGGCAGCCAUCAGGUCUGGGCACAGAGAGUCUAUGCAGUCUUCACAGGCAAGAUGGCGUCCAAUGGGUCACAAACCCGCAGGAAACGCUAUGCUCAACUAGGUGAGAAAUGGUACAAGCGUCACCUGACCUACAGGAUAGUGAACUGGCCUCGUCACCUUGCGCCAGGCCCCGUGAGGCUUGCAGUGCGUGCCGCCUUUCAGCUGUGGAGCAAUGUGUCAGGCCUGGCCUUCCAGGAGGUCCCAGAGGGCCCCUCGGACAUCCGCCUGGCGUUCUAUGAGGGCGAGCACAAUGACGGGGCCAGCAACGCCUUUGAUGGCCCAGGGGGAGCUCUAGCACAUGCCUUCUUCCCUUGCAGGGGGGAGGCCCACUUCGACAUGGCAGAGAGAUGGACGCUGUACGGACACAAGGGCCACAACCUGUUCAUGGUGACAGCCCACGAGAUAGGCCACACACUGGGGCUGGAACACUCACCGGUGCGCCACUCCCUCAUGUCCCCCUACUACAGGAAGCUAGGCCGCACCCUGGUCCUCAGCUGGGAUGACAUCGCUGCAGUGCAGCAGCUCUAUGGAAAGCCUCUGGGGGGUCUGCCUAUGAGGUUAACAGGCCAGGCAUUCAGCUCAGCCCUGCAGGAGUGGGAGCUGGCUGAGGAGUCCGAGGGACAUCCUGAAAUUACCCAGCCCCUCUACUGCCAGGGAGUCUUUGAUGCCAUCACUAUGGACCAGAACCACACAGUGCUGGUGUUCCGGGGCAGUGUGUACUGGAUGGUGUCGGCUCAGGGGAACGUGAGCGCACCUCUCCCUCUCCAGCAGCGCUGGCGCCACCUCCCACUGGCCAUCGAGGCCGCGGCCUUCUCCCCACUGGACAGCAAGUGGUACUUCUUCAAAGGUAAGCGUAUAUGGCGUUACUCGGGCAGUGCCCUGGACCCUGGCUUCCCCAAGAGGAGCAGCCAGGCCGGCCUCCCCUGCCACCCAGACUGUGCCUUCUACUACGCCCCCCUGGGACACAUGGUCCUCUUUAAGGGCCCCCGCUACUCCGUGCUCAACCUGCACACACUGAGGUCCGAGCCCUACUACCCGCGCCGGCUGGCCGACUGGACCGGGGUGCCCCAGGGAACCAACGGUGCGCUGACCCGUCCCGACGGGCGCCUCUAUCUCUUUAGGGAGCAGCAGUACUGGAGGUUUGACCCGGUGAAGGUGCGCAUGACCAGAGAAGGCCAGUGGGCUCAGGACCUGGAUUGGAUAGGCUGCAGGAACAGGACUCACCAGGGCAAUGACAUCCUGUGACAAACGUGGAGCUACAGCUCUCAUAUCAAAGUUGAUAUGAGGGCCAAAAACCUGAAACAAUAGCCUGGGUACAAGUCUGUUUCUGAUAAUAUUCCAGUCCUUAUACUCUGUAUCAUAUGCCAAACAGUUUAGCAUGACAAGGAGUGCAAACAGACUGGUACCCAAACUACCAAAACAUAUAAAAGGCCAUUAUGUCUGUGCAAUCUAAAUAUGGAAGACUUGGUUGGAGCCGGCCGGGGUUGUUGGCCUGAAACACUGUCAUCAGUGCCAUCGAACUUGACUUUUUGGUAAGAUUCAUGACACAAUAAAAUUGACGUUAGUAAUGAA